AUGUGAUUUUCAAUUUGAAAAAUUCAUCAACAUGAGUGCAGAGAAUGAGGAGAGGAGAAGAGGAAGAACGGAGAGUAGACAAUCCAAGAUGUCGAGUAGACCAGAGAAGGAGAGGGGAGAGAAAUCAGAGAGACUUGAACGCGGGGACCGUGAGCGGAACAGUCGGAGCCGACGGGAGAGCAAGGCGGAUAACGGCGAGGGGGAGAAGGCGGAGAAGCCGGAGAAGGUUACAGUGAGCCGUCCGGGGACGGCCAAACCGCCCGCAGAACUGGUCGAUGUUACUCCGGGAAAAAGUUUUAGCAGAAGGUGUGUUUUACUGACUGUAGCUUCCACAGCAAUAUUCUGUAUAGGGUUGGGAGCAGCAAUAUUCUAUUUAAUCUACUACCUCGCUUUUGAAAUAAGUUUCUGUCCGUGGACUAAAACUGGAACAGGUUGCUAUCAGUAUUUCCAGGAUAGUAAGGAUUGGUUCGAUGCACAACAGCUCUGUAGGAAGAGAGGAGGAAGAUUAGCAGAACUCUCAGGGUUUGACAAACAGACAGAUGUGGUAGCUCUUUAUACACGUGGAGGGCACAGUCCUUCAUGUUUCUGGAUUGGAGGAUUCGAGUCUGACCCUGAUGAGAUGCUGUAUACCUGGAAUAUAUCUGGCACAGUGAUGAAUCAGUAUUAUAUUGAGUGGGAGUCAGGGUACCCUAAAAACAGUAUAUUAAAAGCUAGAAAUAUCUCUAACAAUACCAGAGAGGUUACUUUAGCUUUAAUGGAGAUUACGACCAUCUUACCCCCAGAGGGUGACCCCGAAGACCAUGGGGUUGAAGUUCCUGUCAUGCCUGUUGCUGGUGUGUCUGAGGGCGGAGGUGGAACUGUUGACUCACAUGUCCUUGCUGACGCUGAGAAGGGCGGAAAUCCUGCAGUCCUUUGA